UUCUGUUCUUUCGGUGCGGCUCCGUGCAGUUUGGGGUGUUUCGAUGUUUUCCUUCCUUUUGGGGACCUGGUCUUCUCCCAGAUCCUCUGAAUCUGGCUCCUGGCUAGAGCUGACAGAUGAUGGAAACAUUUCCCUGGCGAUGUCUCUGGGGCGACUCCUCCGUCGAGCCUCCUCGAGAGCGUCCGACCUCCUGACGCUGACUGCCGGCGGCUCCUGCUCCCUGCUCGAUGGGGACAUCAUCUACUCCAAGAACAAUGUGUGUGUGCACCCCCCGGAGCUGCUGCAGGGCAUCGGGGAGCACCACCCAGGCUACCUGUGCUUGUACAUGGAGAAGGACGAGCUGCUGGGCGCCACGCUGAUGCUGGCCUGGGUGCCCAACUCGCGCAUCCAGCGGCAGGACGAGGAGGCGCUGCGCUACGUCACCCCCGAGGGCUCCCCGGUGCGCAAGGCGCCCCGCAAGCGCGGCCGCCACGGCCCGGGCCUGGCCACCGCGUCCCCCCCGCAGCACCGGGGGGCGCCCAGCCCCGGCGGGGACUCGGAGGGGCUGCCGGUGUCCCAGCCCCCCAGGGACGGGGUGCCCUCCUCGGAGGGGGAGAAGCUGGCACAGAGCGCCCGGCCGGCCCCGCGGCCGCCCCGCAGCGACUCGGGCACCCCGUCCACCGUCAGCUCCCAGGAGGAGCCCUGCAGGUCCGAGGGCACGGAGGAGGGCCUGGACUGCAGGGAGGACGAGGGCUCCCUGGAGCUGUCUGCUGACGAUGUGAGCAGGGACAGCACUUUUGACUCUGAUUCUGAUGCCUUCUCUUCCCCCUUCUGCCUCUCUCCCAUCAGUGAAGCCCUGGGGAAAAGCAGCAGCUCCGUGUUCAUGGACAGUGAGAGCAGGGACACGUGUGACAAUCGCAUGACCUGCUCCACCAGCUCUGCCUCCAGCCUGGACACCAGUGCCCAGUUCCAGGAGAACAAUGGGCAAACGCAGAGCACCAGAUGGGAUGAGCAGCAGAAGGUAUUUGCCCUCGAGCAGGUGUGUGGUGUCUUCAGAGUAGACCUGGGACAAAUGAGAUCCCUUCGCCUUUUCUUCAGGUACUGG